AUGUUCAAAGGCCUGUCGCGAUGGCUGUUCGGCUCAACCGAGUACCCAGUGCUAAUCGUCGGAAACAACGAGUCUGGAAAGACGACGCUUCUUUACCGGCUAAAGCUCGAUAAGUUUGUCACAACGAUGCCGACGAUUGGAUUUAAUUGCGAGACUAUUGAAUAUCCCAGGGGAUGGCAUUGGCAAAUGUGGGAUGUCGGAGGAUGUGACAGAAUCUACCCGUUACUGCGGUUCUAUCUCAAGCCGGAAACCUUGGUGCUGUUUCUGCAUAACUGCGCGGACACAAAUGAACCCGUGACCCCCGAGUGGCUUCGUCAUUUCCUUUGGGAUAUGGUUGAAGCGAAGACCAAGUACAUUUGGAUUGUUCCCACCAGGCAAGAGGACCUUGAAGAGCGCGAGACGUAUCUUGAAGGGCUGCGUCAAAUAUAUGAGAAGGAAUUGUCCCAGGUUCGGAACUACGUGGAGUACAAGGUUCUGCAGCACAAGGUGAGUGCAAAGACUGGGGAGGGCUUGGAGGAAGUCAUGGCCGAACUGCAUAAAACUAUGUCCAUGAACUCUAGGGUGGCUAGCUGGCGACCAGGAAAGAGUGAGAUUCAGCCCAAGGAAGCCCCGACGUCCGAGGAAGAGCUCAGGGCAAUUAUUGAAAAGGAAGGGAGCGAGGAUACCAUGGACUGCAAGUCAUUCUGGGAAGCUUUCCUUUCCGCUGAUAUACCGGCAUGGGAUCAUCGCAGUCAUCUCAAAGCUGGGUACAUUAUCGCCCUGGAGUCCACUAAAAACGGCGAAAGCAUUUUCGCCACUGCGGACACGUUUAUAGCGCAUUUGAAUAGGCUGAAAGAGGCACAUCCUGAUCGGUUUAGGAACACACAACACCAGACAAUGACCAUCUUCUGGCUUGUGCAAUUGCAGCUGGCUAUCUGGAAUUACAAAAUCGACAAAGGCCUCGGCCAGUUCCCGGCUUGGGUUGACUUUCAAGACGUUUUGCUGCAGACACCCUCGCUCAGGAACACGAAGCUCUGGAGCUUGUAUUAUACCAAGGGCCUAUUGUUUAGCCCACAAGCCCGGGAGUCGUGGACGGCACCAGAUCUUCAACAGUUCCCCACAUUAAAACCUAGCCCGGCACAGGCAGAACCUGGCAUCCAGAUCAAGGAAGAGAACGAUGAUCGACUUCUUCGCUUUGCCUUUGCCAUUGUUCAGCAUAUACAAGCUUCGGGUUUGCGCCGCGGUGCAGUGGUAAAAGACGCCCUGACUUCGCUAGAGACGACAACGAUACGUCUUCGGACGGUGGACUCCAGUAUCCCUCCGUACUCGGAGACACAAGCGUACUUUUGGAUUCAGGUUGUCCAUGCUGCUUUGCAAUCCCUCGCAAGCGAUGUCGAACCUUUGAAUAACUUGUCCGAGAAAUCGUACCGGAUGAUUCCUGUGAGUCAACUCAGCUUCUCAAAUUUCAUGCUACUCUUUGAUAUCACGCCGGAGACCUGGAAAGACUACUAUAGCAGCAAGAUCUGGGAGAGUGUUGCUGCGCGCAUGGAGUUCGUCCCACCGGACCGCAAGCCCCUACCGAACAUCAUUGGGGUUUCGCCUGACGCCCACAAGAAGGCAACAAUAUAG